CUGCCAUUCUCGAGGAUAGUUGGACACUGCGCAUCGAGCAAACAUGAUAGAGUUUCUGAUACUAUUCCUUGGCGUUUACGGGGUACUGGCGGCUCCUCACGCACCCCAUGUGCAUCAUGAUCUUCAUCUGGAUAAUAAUACGGAAGUGAUUGAAGCACAGCUUCCCGGUACGGAGAACCUCAAUGAGAAAGCGCUUCCAAUAUCUCGUUUAUUUGCCACGGAUUCAAAUGAUCUGCCAGCGAAGAAUAAUCUGGCGGAAAGAUCUCAGGUGCCUCAAAAACUUCCCGGGACGGAAAAUCUGGCGGAGAAACGAAUUCCCGAUAUCGUUCUGAAGAGAUUAUUUCAACUGUUGGAAGAAUAAAAAAAAGAAAAUCUUGUGCUGAAAGAUGUAAUAAUCUUGUUCAUAAUCUUUUAAAUAUAUUUAACUAUUAUUGAUAUUUAAAUAUCUUGGAUAAUCUAAACUGCAUAAAUCUUUUUUGCUAAAUGCAAUUGAAAAAAGACUCUUUUCUUUGGAAACGUUUUUUUUUUAUUAAAAAGAAACAAAGAAUCUUUUAGAAAAUUGACCAUCAUUUAACGAUUAUAUCAUAAUAUAUUAAUUAAAAUGUAUGUAAAUUAUAUUAAUAAUAUAGAAAAUAUAAACAAGAUACAAAUUAUCGAAAUCACGAGUUAAUAUAUUCUAUUAAUCGUACAAUUUAUUUUAAUGUAAAUGAAUUUUGCAUUAUAAAGUUGACAUAAUUAAUCAAUUAUUUUUGACAAAACUUAGCCUCUUAAAAUAAUUACGAUAUCAUCUCAUCGCGAAAAAUGUAUGUAUGUAUUAUCAUUACAUCGAUAAAUUAUAAUUAUUAUUAUUAAUCUAUUUGAAUUAUAUAUUUAUUUAACUUCAGGUUAUUACGCGAUAACAAUGUAAUUUGUAGCCAUUCGCAAACGAAUAAAUUCUCGAAGAGAAAGUAUACAAUUUGCAUUUUUGUCGCUCUUCUGUUAUCGAACCCAUUAGUAUUUCGUAAGAUUACUUUUAUUACUUGCACUAGAAUAGCAAUUGUAUAGACAAAGGCAUAAGAACGAUGGUAUUAUGCGUUUUAUGUCCUGUUUGAAAGAAAAAUAAAGAAAUGCAUUUUAUAUUAA